GAGGUAUCUAGUCUCGGUCAAUCACCCUUUGGGCCUAGAUUUUUGGCUCGACGUCUGGUGGAACGAGCUGGCGGUCUUGUCGCUGUUCGUAGAUUACCGGGCCGGCCUUUGCCUGUCGGUCAGACGGAGCAGGAUGAGAUGGCAGCAACAGUGGUGGCUGGAGCAGAUGUGGAGGACGAAACUGAAGAGGGCGCUGGAGAAAUGGGAGAGGCUGUAAUCUUAAUGCCACCUCCCCUUAGGCGACGCCUUACUUACGGUCGUGAGAGGCUAGCUAAUAGCUUAGUACAAGAUUCCCAUCAACCUGAUUCUUUAUCAAAUGCAGCGAGCGAGCGCCGAAGGCCUGGCCUGCUUAAGCGUGUAGUCGGUCGACACAGUCGGCCUGGCAGAGGGAAACUUGUGGCGGCUCCAUUAGUUGCAGUUAUGGUUGCUUCAGAUUGGGAUUCUAAGUCGUCUGCCGCAAAGCCAAGCCUCUUGGAAGACAACGAGAAAAAGGCAUUUGAUAUGAGAAAGCUGCCUCUUGUUGAUCUGAGCGCGACUGAAGGACAAACUUGGAGGCGAGGAAAAAAAGGUUCAGCUUUAUUUGACAGAGAGGUACAGGAGAGAAAAACGAUGGUUCAUGAGAACGAUGAGAUUGAAGAGACAGGUGUUGAUGAAUGUGACACUUUUAAUGUACACGAUUCUUUUGGGGACGAUGAAGAGGAGAAAGAAGAUAUGAACGAAGACUACCACCCAGACCGGCUAUUGAAUUUGUAUCCUGAAUUUCCCUCGCACUUAACCCCGUAUACCAACCCACCCGGCGCCAAAUUCCUUUCAGGACAGCUUAGCACCAUGGCCAUCCGCUUAGUACCACCAGCCUUGACAGUUGCUCCCCGUGCCAGCUCAGCCUACCUCUCAACUCGCCAAGUACCUUCUGGCCAUCGCCAGCCUUCAAUAGGUCUGCCCUCGACACGACAAUAA